AUUAGACAAUAAAACUUCCUGAACGAGACACAACCCAAAACAAGACGGGAAGAUAACUCAACAACACGUCCCCGCCUUCAUUCAGCUUUAUUUAGUCGCACUUCAUAAGGAGGCAACUGGAGUGCUAACAGAACAGAUUGAAUCACCUGCUCUCGAAGCUGCUGUUCUAACGUUAGUUCGUUACCUAUAGACGUAAUUUGCUGUUUUCCGGUCAACGGUCCGCCGCUUCUCUCAUCACUGGCAACCAUCUUUUAUCAGAUCCUUGUCUGCUCCCAUUCUGUCAGUCUUCAUGACUGAUUGAAUGCAGUGAAACCGGCAUCAGUGGACGAGUGCACGCACAGGGGUCCAUCGAUUGGUCAAGGAUGACCAUGGGAGACAUGAAGAAUGAUGCAGCUGCUGCCUCGCUGGCUCCGAUGGCUCUCUACACAGUGAUGUUUCCUGUUUUUAAGGAGAGUUGAUGAUUGACAGGAAAGAGCCAGAGUUCCAGGAGCUGAACGAGAGGGCCCGAGCUCUGAAACAUAUCCUAAGCACCCUGCCUGAUGAGAUCAAUGACCGAAUGGGCUUGCUACAUACCAUCAAAGAUGUUGCCAGUGCCAUCAAGGAGCUGCUAAACACUGUUAAUACUGUCUUAAGGAAAUACCAACAUCAGAACAGACGGGUAGUGGAACAGCAGAAGAAAGAGUUUGUGAAAUACUCCAAGAGCUUCAGUGACACUCUCAAAACCUACUUCAAAGAUGGAAAAGCAGUAAAUGUGUUUGUCAGCGCCAACCAGCUCACCCACCAAAUCAACAUGAUAAUGCGGGCCUUCAAGACUGGCGGCCCAGCGGCAGCGGCCCGAGAAGACGCGAAGAACAGACGCGCGCAGACACAGGAGAAGCGUUUUCAUUAGAGGACAGGCGAAACAAGGCUUUUUAUUUGUAAAGGUGUUUUAUAAUUUUUUUGGGGGGGCUGUAUAAUUUAUAAUUCUGUGGCUCUGAGGGGAGAUCAGGUAGUUUCAAGUUUCAAAGCAAGUCAGGCUGACAGUAAUUGCUGGGGAUUUUUUUUUUUUUUUUUUUUACUCUCUUUAAUGUUGUUCUUUUAUCAGAUUCUUAAGUCAAUAUUUUCUACGCUCCCCUCUGCAUUUUCCACUCUGUUCAGAUCAUGUCAGUGUUUCCCUUGUCCUUAAAAGUUUGGCAAUUGCAUAUAAGUCCUUAAAAGUUAUCAUUUUGGCAAUUACUAAUAUCCAGCCAAUACGGUUUGUAGUCAUUUGUAAUUUGAUUGAUUUGCCAAAGACCAAGAUGCUAUCUUUAAAUGUUUCGUUUUUGUUAUUUUGGUCUGACCAAAAGCCCACUAAUUCUAACCCUUUUUCUUUAGCUCCCCAUAGGUAUUAUCUAUAUGUGCCAUGUGUAUAUACAUGUAUACUUAACUGGACUUCUCUCGCUGUCUUGUAUUUUAAUGUUUCCAGCUAGAGCGUUACUACUCCAAAGCUGCAGAUUUCAAUUCAUUUCAAAUGAGUGACGACUUAACCUUCACAUGUUUACACAGAUGUCUCUGAUUAUGAACAUAUUGUCUCUUUGUCAACUUCUGUUCAACUCCUACUCUGUAGUUUUCAUGACGUUUUCAAGGCCAGUGAAAAUAAAAUGAAGGGACCUGAACUUCUUUGAGAACUCUUAAAGAAGUCAUGACGAGUUAAACCA